UCAUCUUGGCGGAAACUCAAGACACAGGGGACUAGGCCCUGACUCUGUCCGCCAUGAUAGAUUCACCCCGAAGGGGUAGCAGCAGAGCGGGCAGCGAACGGUCCUAGCACUGGUCUCCGGCGGCGCCCCCCGGGGGCGGGAAGCUGCCCCGCAGGAUGGAACCACAGGUUACUCUAAAUGUGACUUUUAAAAAUGAACCUCAAAGCUUUCUGGUUUCUCAUCCAGAAAAUACAACUUGGGCUGAUGUCGAAGCUAUGGUAAAAGUUUUAUUUGAUCUGAACACUAUUCAAAUAAAAUACCUGGAUGAGGAAAAUGAAGAGGUAUCCAUCAACAGUCAAGGAGAGUAUGAAGAAGCGCUUAAGAUGGCACUUAAGCAGGGGAACCAACUGCAGAUGCAAGUUCAUGAAGGCUGCGGCGUUGAUGAUGAAGCCUCGCCCCCAGUUGUAGCAGAACAACGACCAGUUGUGAGGGCAGGGAAGAAGCCACUUGCACAUUAUUCUUCACUCGUACGAGUCUUGGGAUCAGACAUGAAGACCCCAGAGGAGCCUACAGCACAACAGUGUCCACUUGCUCCAUGUGAUGCAGACCAACCUCAAGACAAGCCCCCAGACUGGUUCACCAGCUACCUGGAGACAUUCAGAGAGCAAGUGGUUAAAGAAACAGUGGAAAAGCUUGAACAGAAAUUACAUGAGAAGCUUGUCCUCCAGAACCCAUCCUUGGGCUCCUGUCCCUCAGAAGUCUCAAUGCCUACUUCAGAGGAAAUGCUGUUUUUGCCAGAAAACCAGUUCAACUGGCAUAUUGCUUGUAGCAGCUGCCAAAGGAGGCUCGUUGGUGUGCGCUACCAGUGCAGCCUAUGCCCAUCCUACAAUAUCUGUGAAGAUUGUGAAUCGGGGCCAUAUGCCCAUGACUCCAACCAUGUCCUGCUGAAGUUGCGGAGACCUGUCGCAGGUUCCUCUGAACCGUUUUGUCACUCAAGGUUCUCUACUCCUCGUCUUCCUGCUGCUCUGGAACAAGCCAGGCUCCAGAAACAGGUUGACAAGAACUUUCUUAAAGCAGAAAAGCAAAGGUUGCGAGCUGAGAAGAAACAACGUAAAGCAGAGGUCAAGGAACUUAAAAAGCAGCUUAAACUCCAUAGGAAGAUUCAUCUGUGGAAUUCGAUCCAUGGACUCCAGAGCCCCAAGUCUCCUUUGGGUCGACCUGAGAGCCUGCUGCAGUCUAACACCCUAAUGCUCCCUUUGCAGCCCUGUGCCACAGUUAUGCCAACCCUCAGUGCAGCAUUUGUGGAUGAGAAUUUGCCUGAUGGGACUCACCUUCAGCCAGGAACCAAGUUUAUCAAACACUGGAGGAUGAAAAAUACAGGAAAUGUAAAGUGGAGUGCAGACACAAAGCUCAAGUUCAUGUGGGGAAACCUGACUUUGGCUUCUGCAGAAAAGAAGGAUGUUUUGGUUCCCUGCCUAAAGGCCGGCCAUGUGGGAGUUGUGUCUGUGGAGUUCAUUGCCCCAGCCUUGGAAGGAACAUACACUUCCCACUGGCGUCUUUCUCACAAAGGCCAACAGUUUGGGCCUCGGGUCUGGUGCAGCAUCAUAGUGGAUCCUUUCCCCUCUACAGAGAGCCCUGAUAACAUUGAAAAGGGUGCGAUCAGCUCAAGCAAAGCUGAUGAUCUCACCUGCCAGCAAGAGGAAGCUCUUCUUCUGGCUAAAGAAGAAAUUCAGCGUGGUGAAGCAACUGAGCCGACCGAAGGGACAGAAACUGGCAUCCCACAGAAGACAAAACAUGUUGCCAGCGAGAGGGAGCUCUACAUCCCAUGCGUGGACCUUCUCACUGCCCAGGACCUGCUGUCCUUUGAGCUGUUGGAUAUAAACAUUGUCCAAGAGUUGGAGAGAGUACCCCAUAAUACUCCUGUGGAUAUGACUCCCUGCAUGUCUCCUCUGCCACAUGACAGUCCUUUAAUAGAGAAGCCAGGCUUGGGGCAGAUACAGGAAGAGAGUGAAGGGCCAAGAUUUAAAGCACUUCCUGGUUCCACAGCAUCAGUGAAGAGGAGGGCUGAGAACAUUGCUUCAGUGGAGGAAGCAGAAGAUGACCUGAGUGGAACCCAGUUCGUGUGUGAGACUGUAAUCCGAUCCCUUACCUUGGAUGCUGCCCCAGAUCACAAUCCACCUUGCAGACAGAAGUCCCUGCACAGGGCGGAAUUACAGCUGCACGCCACAGAGGAACAGCAGCCGGUGGUGCUGCCUGGAUUCUGCAGUAAGGAGUCUUCAGUGAAAUUUGCCUCGCCUGGAGAGGGACCACUUGGAGAUGAGAGGGAGGAGAUUGUCCAUAUUGCUGAGGAAGAAACUGUCGUGGAGGAGGAGGAGGAUGAGCUCAAAGAUGAAGUUCAGAGUCAGUCAUCUGCUUCUUCAGAGGAUUACAUCAUCAUCCUGCCUGAGUGCUUUGACACCAGCCGCCCCCUGGGGGACUCCAUGUACAGCUCUGCGCUCUCACAGCCAGGCCUGGAGCAAGGGGCUGAAGGCGAGCCUGGGGUUGAGGCUGGGCAGGAACCAGUCGAGGCUGGGGAGAGACGCCCUGGAGAGGAGAACCAGCUGCAAGGGCACAGCAUCAGUGACAUCCUCAUGACCUCGCAGACUCUGGACACAGUACCCCUAACCCCAGAGGUGGUGGGGCCUCCACUACAGCUGCCCAGGAGCCCUCCUUGUGCACAGCAUCAUGGUUCCCCAGGAGUGGAUGUACCAGUUACCAUGCCAGAAGUUUCUUCAGUCCCUGAUCAGAUCAGAGAGCCCAGAGGCUCAUCAGGACUUGUAAACAGCAGACAGAAGAGCUAUGACCACUCAAGGUUCCACCACCAUGGGAGCGGCAUUGCGGGAGGACUGGUGAAGGGGGCUUUGUCUGUUGCUGCCUCUGCGUAUAAGGCCUUGUUUGCUGGGCCACCAGUCACUGCACAGCCAAUAGUUUCUGAAGAUCAGACAGCAACCCUGAUGGCCCAUCUCUUUGAAAUGGGAUUCUGUGACAGGCAGCUAAACCUAAGGCUGCUGAAGAAACACAAUUACAACAUCCUACAGGUUGUAACAGAACUCCUUCAAGUCAACAACAAUGACUGGUACAGCCACCGCUACUGAGGAGUCACCUUGUAUUAAAUAACUUUGCCUGCUGCUCAGAGAUGACAUUUAUUCUGUCGUUGGGGUAUGGGGUAGAAGCCCUUGCUUAUUUUUUAAUCUGAUGAAUCUGUAUAGAGCCCAUCACUGAAUUAAGAGAAUAUCUGCAUUACAGUAUUUUUUGGAGCAAAUCAAAGACCAGAACUUAAAGUUUUACUUUAGACGUUGAAUGAAUAUUAGGAAGACGGUUUUUCAAUUGAUUUGGAUAAAACUCUUUUCUCCUUUUUAGUGCUUUGAGGAGUAUAACUAACUUCUUAUAGAACCCUUUUUCUUUCUGCUUGUAUUGAGGUUAAGUAUUUUUCUUUGGUUAAUGUGGAUGUUUCUAUGAGGAUAUCUGUUGUCAGUUUUUAAAAGAAAUUAACCUUGGAAGUUGUUUUCAAGAAUUAUUCUCAUAAUUUCUCUAACUUACCCCAAGCCUCAUAGCUAUAUGGUACUGAAAUGACACCCAGAGCGUGAUAGGAAUGUUGUUACUCUUCCUUUCUCAAGGAGAAAGUCAUUUCUCUGCACGACUUAGUAAUGGCACUGUCUUCAAAAGACCCCAUUGAUGCAUUUAAGAAUAUCCACCUGCUGGGUCUCUGCACUUCAGUGAAAGGACCAGGGAGUGUGCUCAUUAACCCACCAGCACCUAUUGAGCAGUAGCUAUUGUAGUAAUUUUUGCAUACAUUUUUCUUUUAUUUAAGGGAAAAUUUUUAAGUAGGUAGUGUGGAAUAUUUUGCUAAUCCUAUAGAGAAGGAAAAAAAAACUUCUAUUAAAGGGAAAGUAAAUGAAACAGUUACCUUUUGUGCUUAAUGUCAGAGCAGAUCUUAUUUACAGUAGAGUGGGAGAACAUAGAAACGUGGAAAGUGAAAGGCAGACUCCUGUGUUAAUCCCAAAGUUCAGGGGCGGGCAAAUGAGAAUGUGAGAGGCAAAGGAAAUCUGAAUGACUUCUUGAAUGUUUCAAAUCUGUUCAAAGGCAUCUAGCCCUAGAGAGCCUAGAACAGGAAGAAGAGGCUGGUGUUUGUAUGGCACAAACUCACUGACAAAGUUUGGGUUUAACCCCAGCAUGAGUGGGAAAGAGCUUGCUUCCAGGGGCCCAGAUCCUCACUCUGUUUUGUAUCCAAGACUCCCUUGGGUACAACUGGUGAAGGAAGAGGUAACAAAAAACACUAAAAGAUAUUAUUCAUGAAAAUGACUUACAGAGAAAGAAGAAUCACCCCCAGCCAGAAGGGGGAGGGAUUGUAAAAUAGUAUUAUUUAACCUGGUUGGUAUUUAUAAUGAACGGUGAUUUUAAUUAUUAGCCAUAAUGAUGUUUAUUUACAGUAUAACUCUUGAAUGCUAUUAAAUAAAUAAGCCAGAAUUCAGACUGCAAGCCAGCCAGGCUGUUCAUUAUUUAAAACGUUUUUAUCGGGGCUUCUGGGUAGAGGCUGAGCGGCAGAGUGUGUUUAAUUAAUUGGGUUGAUUUCGGGCGGGACAUGUCUCCACCAUCUAGGUCGCAUUGUAGGGGUCCAGUCGUCCGUCCUGUUGUACUUGUAAAGAAUGGUGAAAUAAAGGUUCUUUCAAACUCCUA